AAUCAAAGCAACUCUGCAUUUUGUAUUGUACGAUGAUGCUGUGCGCUUCCGCACAACUGCUCUGGAUUCCAUGAACCACUCUGAUGUUUUGAUAGUGGAUAUGGGCGAAAAGUCUUCACUUAAGCAGAACAUCACAAUCAUUCCAUACCUUUUAACGAAGGACGAUACUCUUGUCAGCCUAGAUACUUCUGUCUUGGACAAUGAAUUACUGCAAGAUGACACCAUGAUUAACAAAUCUUGCCUGCAAAGGAAGUCGCUAUCAGACGAAAUUCUUGAUGUUCUGAAGGCGUCCAAGGGUAACAGCAGAGCUCCUGUUCAAAUGAAGUUCCUCGCUGAUCUACGUAAAGCUCGGAGCGAAUAUAAAGGUGCUGAGCUUCGAGAACGGCUCCGAAUGUUACGAAGACGCCUGGAUGAUCCGCAGCUGAUGUGCCAUGACAUCGUCCGUAACAUGCUUCUGGCAUACAGAGAUUGCGCAGAUUACGAUGGAAUGAUCAAACUAGUGAAGGCGAUUCGCCAGCCGGACGUACUUCCAAACGCAGUGGACACAAGCACCUUCACUUACUUGUAUGCCUUCGCACUGAAUCGUCGCAAGAAGCCCGGGGAUCAGGAACUAGCCCUGAAAGAGAUUACCGGGCUCAUUGAAACGGGUGUGAACUGUUCAGCAGACAUGUACGGGCUUCGUGGGAGAAUUUACAAAGACCGAUUCGUUCAAUCCCCCGACUACUCGGAUACGGAAUCACUAAAGUUAGCCAUUGAAAGCUAUAGAACUGGAUAUCAAGCUAGCGCCAGCGAUUAUCUUGGCAUCAACCUUGCUACUUUGUUAGCUUGCUAUGAUCCGGACUCCAUAUCUGGCGCAGAACAUCGCGAGAUUUGUGCACGCUUGAAUUGUUCCAUCGGAGCGCUAGGAGAUAUUUCCCAGCUUACAGACUACUGGGACCUGGCUACCCUGUUUGAACUCUGCGUGCUGAACAGGAAUUAUUCCGGAGCUGUCCCCAUAUUGGACCAAAUGUUUCGAAUGGAUCCUCCCGCCUGGAAGUUGUCUUCAACAAUCCAAAACAUCAAGCUUAUUUGUCACUUCAGACGAAUUACAUCGGAGAAGUCUUACAAAAUACCAAACAAUUUCAAUUUCUGGCUGGAGUUUCUAUUUGACGUGCAAGUGGAAACUGAAGUGGAAACACAGGAAACCGAUACCACAGGGCCCGCUGCCGAAGAGUAUCAAACAUUGUUUCUGGUAUUGAUCAUGGGAAGUCAGGAUGCAGAUUGGAAGCCGGCCUAUUUGGAUAUUGGCCUAGAUCCAAGACGACUGCGGAUCACUUUCUGUGAUCAGAAUGAACCCGGCAUGCUAUCACCAUUGCCUGCUCCAACGGCAGUCCCUGCUGAGGACUCACCGGCGAGUAGAUCGGAAUCACUUGUAAAUUACUUCGACCUGUCCGUGGAGAAUAUCAAGGGAAUCAGCGUAGCAAAGAACACAGUCGGACAGGUUUAUCUAUUCACCGUCUGUGACCUUUACAACUACACAUUGAAGUUCUCCUGUGACGUGGUUCGAAUGAAAUUCUGUAAAGUGGUGCGGGACCAACUCUUGAAGCCUGAGCAGAGAGAUGUUUUGAGCCUCCCCUACACAACACCCACUCGACUUGAAUUUGAAUACACUGGUCAAAAGCUUGGAGCUGGUGCCUUCGGUACAGUUUAUGCUGGUAUUGAACGAAACGGAGAGAGACCCAUAGCCAUCAAGGAGAUCCCUAUAAAAGACCCGACACAAGAACAACGAAUGGUAGAAGAAAUAAGAUUACACGCUCGUUUGGAACAUAAAAAUAUCGUCCGCUAUCUGGACGCAGUGGUCCAAAAUAACACAUUAAAGAUUCUCAUGGAGUUGGUUUCCGGAGGUUCUUUGAAGUUUGUUGUGAAAACUUAUGGCAAAUUGGAUGAAGAAACAGUGGCAGAUUAUUCUGCUCAAAUUUUGGAGGGGCUCUACUAUUUACACAAGAAUCGUAUCGUUCAUCGAGAUAUCAAACCGGACAAUAUUUUGGUUGAUAAGCAUGAACCCUUGUUGAAAAUAAGCGACUUUGGUGUUUCCAAACUUCUCAUGGGGCUCGAGCGACGAGCUACUUCGGUAUUAGGUACGCAUUGCUACAUGGCUCCGGAACUUCUGCAGAACAAAGGCGGAUAUGAUUUUUCGGUUGAUAUUUGGAGUUUCGGAUGUACGGUAGUCUACAUGCUUACUGGUCAACCACUCUACGGUGGGCUUAACGAAUGGCAAGUUUGUUACCUAGUUGGAUCGACCAUGCAACACCCUGAUAUCCCUGAUGACGUUUCGUCGACUUGUCGUGACUUCCUGGAGCGCACUUUUGCCCCCGACCCCGAGAAACGAGCGCCUGCUAGUGCUUUGAGGCUCGAUCCCUUUGUUGAUCCGCAUGGAUACAACAAACCGAGACUGCCACGCUCUUCAGUUUCAUACAUCGGUUCGAUACCUCGGAGAGCUACUCCCAUUCCAUUCGAACGGUUCGUUUCAGAUAAUCCACAAAAGGCGACCAGGUCAACAGUUAUCGAGGCCGGCCAGCUGCCAGUGGAACGGUUUCGGGAUGGAUUUGUCUCACCUUGCGUUCCAGAUCAUAAGAACAAUCACUUGAAUCCGCCUCUUCAGGUGGAUCCUCGCUCCACAUCCGUACCGGUCGACUUAAAUGCGACCGUCGCACUUCCGCCACCUGGUCCAGUGAGCAAACCCAAACAGCCGAGAUUAAAUUUGAAUGCUGCUGGCAGUGAUCAGUCAAACAAAGUGUCCGAUGACUUCUUGACCAUGCGAUCUAAGACACCCGAACCCACUACCUGUACUCCUGAACCAUUCAAGAUCAUUCGCCAGGAAGCGGAAUCCAAACGUCUACUCUGUGAAGCUUUGACGGAGGCGAAAGACAAUAUCGUUCUUGCGUGGCACCAACAACUGACGAAAAGCGGUGCACGAUUACCCCUUUCCGCUCCUCGAACCGUAUCACCACCGCCGCCACUUACAGAAAAUGCUGAGGUUGCGCUAGAUUCGAACAUUUCCUCUUCUCCUCCAUUAUCUCAGCAUGAGAAGAUGGAAUUGGAGCUGCUGGAGUGUCUGUAUCGUAUGUUGUUGAAUCACCUACGUGGAGGUACGCUGUGGAGUACAAUGAGCAGGUUCGUUGCACAGUCGUUUGGUUCGGAGAUCUCGUCAUCCAUGUGCCGAAUUGGCGAAUCUCCCGAAGACGGGCUGACUCGAGACUUCUGUACCAUCAUCAAGAAGCUUCAAUUGCAAAGUUAUCGGGAUGAUGUGGCCCUGUAUCCUUCUUCAUGGCUCUUCACAUACUUGUAUUCAGCAUUGGGAAAGCUGUGGCGUUCUGCUGAGGCACCGUUGUGUAAAGCACUUCGCGGUCCACACGCUGUGUUGGCUUGGUAUCAAUUUAUUCAAGAUGCGGUAGUAUGUGCACUUGACCAGUUGAAUGUGGCCGAUCAAUAUAUUAAUCUGGACGCGACAAAAGCACACACACGAACCGAUGGGAAACGUGUUCGUAUGCGCCAAGCGCGUGCUGAACGUCGCACCGUGCAGUUAGGUAGCCGAAAAUCCACUACUGGUCCGCACUUGUCUUCAGCCGAACCAGGACUAGCUACUCAACGAAUACGUCCGAUCAGUCUGGCGGGGCAGGCCGGUGUAUUUCAGUCACCAACGGAAAAUUACCAUGAAGAGCCGGUGGAGACGAUGGACAAUGUCACAGAAACGAAUAUUGAGCCCUCGGUCCCCGCGGCCCCCAAUGAAGCUCCUUUUCUGUUGUCUAGCGCUAUUUCGUCUGAUGUCGAGUCGGAUGCUGGUGUAAAUACGGUACUCCGGGAAAGUUCCACAUUGAAAGUCAAGUAUGCGCGCCUGGUUUCCGAAUACAACGAGCUGUUCAGGAUCGCAAUCGCUCAGAAGGAAAUGGACAUUGAAGAACUCCGCCACGUUGUUCCAGAAUUCACAUGCCAUAGCCUCGAGGCGAGUACUGGUUUCCCGAAUGUUCGGACCUGGCUGGAAAGCUUAGAUCUCAAUCAUGACGAUUUGGAAACGUUGGCUUCCAAUAUAACCGAUGAAUCCGAUUUUCUUGCGAUGGGCACGAAGGAAGACCUUUAUCGCAUGAACUUGCACUAUUCAACCAUAUUGCGGGUCUGGCGUGCUGUCGUCAGCAUUCGUGAUACAGCCAGGACCUUGGAACAAUCCACCGCAUAGAACACCACGACAAUUUGGGAUGCACGGUUCCCGGUUUUCAUCUUGACCGAUAGGCUGUUUUCUCACAUUUUUCUAUAGUGAUCAUUUUUUUAUUCCGCGCCACGUUCCUUUUUAUCACUUAUUACCAGAAUGCGCCACUAUCCUUCGUCACUUCACCCACUCAAGCUCUUUCAUGACCAUGUGAUCGUUCGGUGGAUCGACCGUCCUCGAUCUAGGAACCAGUGAUUCUUUUUCCGCCAGUAACUUUGCAAUUGUGAUUUAACGGCAUUGUAGUUCAGUCAUUUACACCCCAAACCUAAUAUUGCAACUGUAUUUUAGAAUUGAUUGGUAGUUUAUCUCUGACAAUAACUUUUCCCCCAACUGUU